AUGGGACCCUGUGCCGCGCGGGUCCUGCGCGAGGCCGUGGGCCGAGGCGACGUGGGGGCGCUCCGGGCCCUGCUUUGCCGGCCCGCGGUGCUCCGUCACGUGGACGCGCUGUGUGGCUGGGGGGUCCCGUGCCCGCCACUGCGCGUGGCUGCAGCCAGGGGGGACCUGGAGAGUGUCCAGCUGCUCCUCUCCAGCGGUGCCGACCCCGACCGCCCUGACCUCAAGUCUCAGACGCCGCUGUGGGUGGCCGUGUGGGGGGGCCACGCUCCGUGCGUCCGCGCCCUCCUGGCGGCGGGCGCCAGGCCCUCCGGGAGCCCGCUCUGCGCCUGCUCGCCGCUGGCGCAAGCCGCGCGCGACGGCCGCGACGAUCUCGCGCGGGAGCUGCUGGCGGCCGGGGGCAGCGCGGACGCUCGGGGCAGGGUCGGUGGCCCGGGUGGGCAGCUGUCUGCAACAAUAGCAGCAGCGGCGGCGGCGGCCAGCGGGUCACGUGACCCGGGCAGCUACUGCUGCUCCUGCCUCGAGACGCUGGUUCGCCGCUACUGCCGCAGCCCCGGGGACAGCCCCGGGGGCAGCCCCGGGGGCAGCCCCGGGGGCAGCAGCGGCGGCGGCGAUGGCGAUGGGGCGGAGCGGGCAGAGGCUGCCCUGGCGGUAGCGCAGCUGCUGCUGGACGCGGGCGCGAACCCAUACCUCGUCCGUCUGGCCAGCCUCCUGGACGAGACUGGGAGGCCACGGGGCCUCACGGCGGAGCUCAUCCUGAGGGCUCGAGAGGAGCCGCGCUCCCUCGCGCGCAGCGCGCGCAUCGCCCUCCGCCGUCACGUGACGGGCGGGCGCCUCCUCCACGCGCAGCUGCCGCCAAUCAUGAGGCGCUACGUGGAGCUCGAGUGGUGAUUGGCCGAGCCGGCACGCGCCACGGGGCGUCCACCGAUCUCCGAUAGGGAUCUGCAGAUUCCUGGAAGAUCGCUGCAGAUUCCUGGAAGAUCGCUGCAGAUUCCUGGAAGAUCGCUGCAGAUUCCUGCAAGAUCGCUGCAGAUUCCUGCAAGAUCGCUAGAGAUUCCUGGAAGAUCGCUAGAGAUUCCUGGAAGAUCGCUGCAGAUUCCUGCAAGAUCGCUAGAGAUUCCUGGAAGAUCGCUAGAGAUUCCUGGAAGAUCGCUGCAGAUUCCUGGAAGAUCGCUACAGAUUCCUGGAAGAUCUCUACAGACUCCUGGAAGAUCGCUAGAGAUUUCUGGAAGAUCUCUACAGAUUACUGGAAGAUCGCUACAGAUUCCUGGAAGAUCUCUGCAGAUUCCUGGAAGAUCUCUACAGACUCCUGGAAGAUCGCUAGAGAUUCCUGGAAGAUCGCUAGAGAUUCCUGGAAGAUCUCUGCAGAUUCCUGGAAGAUCUCUACAGACUCCUGGAAGAUCGCUAGAGAUUCCUGGAAGAUCUCUGCAGAUUCCUGGAAGCUCGCUACAGACUCCUGGAAGAUCGCUACAGACUCCUGGAAGAUCUCUGCAGAUUCCUGGAAGAUCUCUACAGACUCCUGGAAGAUCGCUACAGACUCCUGGAAGAUCUCUACAGACUCCUGGAAGAUCUCUACAGACUCCUGGAAGAUCGCUAGAGAUUCCUGGAAGAUCGCUACAGACUCCUGGAAGAUCGCUGCAGACUCCUGAAAGAUUUCUAACUGCGUUUUUGUUGCUCUAACGUUCUCGGAAAGCGCCCCCUGCCGUGCAUUUAAGCAAAAGAGCUUCAUAGCUCAUCGGAUUCCUCCAGUUUGAGAAAUGUGACGUCACGUAAAAAAACGCGCAACUUUAAAUAAAAAAAUUAAGACGGCACGUUUCCACUUAAUUAAUUAGACGGUUUUUUUUUAAAAUAUAUAAAUGUUUUCUCCUACGACGUCAGAGUUGUAAGCGCCACGUUAAACACGCAACCACAUUGACUGUGGUAAAGAAAUAAAGCUUUUACUGACUGCA